AAUUCAAAACAUUUGGCGCAAAAUAUGGGCUGCUGUGGACAAUCGCAGGAUACAAGUAGUUUAUUUGUGGUUUAUCGUACUCAUACCUAGGUCGUUUGGAAGUAAGAUAAAGUGUAGUAGCCGUGUAAACCUGUAAUAAUUGUUAGAUGUAAAGUUGUUUCAGGGUGAUACUAAUUCCAACAAAACUACAUUAAGACGAUCAGAACAUGGUUAGCAUCAAUUAUUUUGUAGGAAAUAUACUGCUUUUUGUGACUACAAUAUGUGGAAACCAAAACUCAUGGUGAUCAAAAAAUUAUUACCUUAAGCUAUUCACGUUUCGUUUUGUUGAUCACUUAACUUUUCUGAAGAAAAAUUCCGAAACUUUAAAUAACAAUUAUAGCAUCUCUGACUUCAUUCAUGGAUGACUACAGUUUUUGUCAGUCAGUCGUAUGAGAUGUUUUAUGUGACGGAAAUUGACAGAAACCGUAAUUAAGUCUAGUAUUCAUAGUUUUGUCUGUAAAUUGACGGUCGUGUUUUUUACGUUUGCUUUACUUGCUUAAAAAUGUCCCAUACUCCUCAACUCAUUUUAUCACCAGUAAGUUGUUAAUUGUGGUGAAGUCCAGAAGUUCUCAUCCAAACGUGAAUAAUUUACUAACUUUCAGGUGCGAAAACAUUACGUAUCACUGGCCCUGUACGAAAUAGGUAAGUCUUUUAACACUUGAAGUUUUUUAUACAUAUCCGUAAUGCAGUCAUUUAUUGUGCUUCUUCCAAAAAAGCAUUCCUGUGUAAAGUCUGCGUGUCUUGAAGCUCACUUUUAUUUCCCUACCAUAACUCAGUUACACUUAGUGACUCCACUUGCAAAUUCUCGUUUGCUCACCAUGUGACUUUUGAUUCUUGAAUCCUGAGAGCAUAUUACAAUAAUUCUUUAUUUUAGCCCAGUCAGAACCAUCUACUUUGACUGAAUUUGUCGUCAAAGUCUGUAUUACUAACUGCAGAUUGACAAUACAUUCGUCUCCCUCUGAUACAUUUUUUAAGAUACUACCUUUCAACAAUUUUCUAGGCUCUAAGUAAUUUCAGACCUUGGUUGAACCAAAUGAUCGUUUAACCCUAAAUUGAGUGGAUGUUGAAGAAGAUUUUUAGCUCAGGUGAAUGAUUUUGGUAACCUUUUGUUCUCCGAGCUGGAUGGUUUGGUCAACCAAAUGAGGGUUAUAAACCUGUGUGAGGAAUUAGAAUUGUGAUUUACAGUUGAUGGUUAGGGUUAGGAAUCAGAUUUAAGGCUUUCAUCACCAACUGACAUCAGCUAUAAUGCCAAAGCGCUAUUUAGCCAAAUGGAUGAGUGAACUCCUCACCGAAAUCCAAAACCUUAGUUGGUUUCAUUGGUUCGUCCCUAAAUUAUAGUCUCGCCAAUUUUUUUUGAUCUUCUGAACGUGGUCUCAAACAAUUUUCUCUUAGGCACUGCUUUCAUAUUGUAGGUCAUCGAGACCAUCACUAAUCUAGCUUUCCUUUCACGUAUUCCAAGGAAAGAUCUACAGUGCGGCGUACUGUAAAGUAACAACCGCCUUCAUACACUAACAGCACUCAAGAUUACUUCAUUCACAGUCAAGCCUCUAGUUCUUACUUAGUGUUUCCAUGCUUUAUUUUUUUGACAGAACAUGUACAGAUAUCCCUUGUUGUAUAUUGUUCUCAAUAUUCGUCGUUGGUUUCCUUAUCGUUACUUUGUGGAGUUUUGCCAUGGGAGACUUUAAACGUGUCAUACAUCCAACUAAUUCUAAAGGACAAGUUUGCGGUCGUGAUGUUCCUGGUAAACCAUAUCUGUUCUUCUUUGAUUUGGAAAGUUGUCUCAGACUGGGGCCAGCUUUAGUUGUUACAGGGUGCCCGACGCCUCAGGUCUGUGUAGCGUCGUGUCCAAAAUAUUACUGGUCUUGGAAAGGUCCCUUUGAUCAAAAACCCCAAUAUGUUAGGAGUUUAAUGAUAUGUCUAGGGGGUGUAGAUGCGAAUGACCCUAAAUUUGCCAGCCAGAGUAUUGACCAAUUAGUACAAGACAAACAAUGUGCCCCAUAUGUAUAUCAUUCUAGAUCAAUGCUUGGUCGGUGCAUCCCAAGUCAAGUGUCUCGGUUAAUGGGAAAUGGAACUGGUCAAGUUCGUGAUGAAACUGGUAAACGUAUACAUUUAAUGAAUGCCGAAAAUCAAGAGGUGAAUGGUAUGGAAGUAGUGAAAAGUCGGAAAUUGGUGCUGGAAUUUACUACAUUCUUUGAAAAAGUUGUUGCUGAUCUAAGCCAAACCUGGCAUGUUAUAUUAGUAUGUAUUUCAGUAUCUGUGGUGUUGUCAUUCUGUUGGAUCGUUUUAUUACGAUGUUGUGCAUCAGUUAUGGUUUGGACUACAUUAGUUCUAUUUGUCACCCUGUUUUCUUUUGGUACUGGGUUUUGUUUUUAUAGAUGGAGUGUAUUACGUAAAACACCUGAAGGUUCUAAUGACCUUGAAUUCUCUUUAGAUGUUGCUUCGUAUUUCCGUUUAGCAUCCACAUGGCUUGCAUUAGGGAUUAUUUUUGCUAUUCUACUGGUGAUCAUACUUCUAAUAUUAAUAUUUUUACGUAAGCGUAUUCGUGUGGCUAUUGCAAUAUUAAACGAAACAAGCAAAGCAGUUUCAACUAUGACAUCUGUAUUGUUUUGGCCAAUACUACCGUUCAUUCUUGAAUUGAUUGUAAUUGCUCAAGUUUUAUUUGUGGCUAUUUCAUUGAGAACAAUAUCUGAUCCUGUUGGAACUAAAAUUAUGAAUGGUGAUCCUACCGUAACUCCGGGAUUUGGAGAUAAGACUAGAAAUGAUAUAAGAGAAAUUUUUCAACUUAUUCCAUGUGAUCCUUUACAGAACAAUUCAGCUGGCAAAGCUUGUCGUUUUCUGUAUUAUGGAGACCGGAAAUAUACUAUCUACCUACAAUUUUUCAAUUUGUUCAUGUUCUUUUGGUUAAUUAAUUUUGUCAAAUCCUUAACACAAAUGACUUUAGCAGGAACAUUUGCUGAAUAUUACUUUUCGUCUCAUAAUCAAAAAUCUGCGUCGAAAUGUCCAUUAAUAACAAGUCUAUUUCGAUCAACCUUUUAUCAUACUGGUUCAUUAGCAUUUGGAUCAUUUCUAAUUGCUUUAUUACAAUGGCUACGUGUUACACUUGAAUAUAUUAAUGCAAAAUUGAAGAAAGUUAAUAAUCCUGUUACAAAUUUUCUCUUGAAAUGUUUAAGUUGUUGUUUUUGGCUACUUGAAAAAUUUCUAAGAUUUCUUAAUAGAAAUGCUUUUAUUAUGAUUGCUAUCUAUGGUCAAAGUUUUUGUUCAGCCUCUCGUUCAGCAUUGUCUUUACUCGCACGCAAUGUGGUCAGACUAUUUGUGGUCGAUAAAGUGACUGAUUUCAUUCUAUUUAUUGGAAAGCUUGUUGUUGUCAGUAUUGUUGGUGGUAUGGCUUAUGUCUAUUUGGAAGGUUUAUUGUUCAAAGGAAAUGAAUUUCUAAGUGAUGUGUUUAAUUCUAAUCUUCAUUAUGCAUUCGUGCCAUUGGGUAUUAUCAUACUUGCAUCUUACCUUGUGGCGUCAUUAUUCUCAAGUGUUUUUGAAAUGGGUGUCGAUACAAUAUUUCUUUGCUUUUUGGAAGAUUUAGAAAAAAAUGAUGGAUCUGCUGAAAGACCAUAUUAUAUGAGUAAAAAUCUUAUGGAUAUUUUGGGAAAACGAAAUGCUCAAUUAUCACAAGUUAAACAAGAUAUUUAAUUUUUUUUCAAUGUGCGCCUUUGUUACACGUUAUAGUUUUUUUGUUUGUUUUUGUUUCUAAUUUUACACAAAAUAUUUGUGAAAAAAUUCAUUUGGAAUUAGAAUACACUUUCUGGAAUUACAAAUAGAAAUAGAAUCAAUCAUAUUUCAUUUGCAUUUUUUUUCCCGCCAAACAUUAUUGACUUGCUUUAUCACAAUCUCUUCCGUAAUAUUCACCCACGGCUUUAUUUGCCUAGGUACUAUAAUUUAUCAGAAAUAAUUUUUAUUGUUCCUUCUUGGUUUUUCUUCCGAAUAACUCAUAUUACUAUUAUUAUAUAUUUCGCUUAAAAUUUGUUACACGGUUUUUUUUCGUUUUUUAUAUCUAAAAUUAAAUAUUUAGUUUACUG